GAGGCAGGAGCAGAGAAAGGAAGGGGCGUUUCUCUCCCGCUUCUUGGGGACGGUUCCCACUCCCACGCCUUACCGGAAUGCCAGUGGGCAGCCUUCGUCUUUCCUUCCCCCUUUCACCAUCCUCCGCACCCGGAGCUUUUCCGGGCUUGCAAAGAAGUUACGUGGCUUUUCGGCAAGCUUGAGGCGGCCUUCUCGGCGUCGUGGUUGCUAGGACUUAGCCUGAGCCGGAAUGCAGGUCCUUUGUGGGCUGAAGGCCCUCCAAAGAAGGAUACACCUGCAGUGUUUGGUGGCAUUUUGCGCUGUGCGUCAGGCUGGGCAUCCCAUCCCGCGGGGGAUAGGUUCACUGAAGUGUUGCCACCUUUCCAGCGAGUCAUACAGCCUGAAGAAAUGUGGCUCUACAAAAACCCCUACAUAGAGUCUGACCAUGUGCCCACCAAGUCUAUGUUUUUCAUUUCCUUUGUGUCUCCUUUGGUCUUGAUUUUCCUGGCCAAAUUCUUCAUGAAGGCUGGUAAAGAAGAUACCCGGGAAGCAUGCUUGGCUGUUAGCCUGGCACUUGCCCUGAAUGGUAUCUUCACCAAUGCUGUGAAGCUGGCCGUGGGCAGGCCUCGGCCUGAUUUCUUCUACCGCUGCUUUCCAGAUGGACGGGCAACUCAUCAGUUCUUGUGCACAGGAGAUGCACAAGUAGUGAUUGAAGGGCGCAAGAGCUUCCCCAGUGGACAUUCCUCCUUUGCCUUUGCUGGGCUUGCUUUUGGCUCCUUCUACAUUGCAGGGAAGCUGCAUUGCUUUGCACCUGGUGGUCGAGGCCAAUCCUGGCGCCUCUGCGCCUUCUUGGGACCCCUCUUCAUUGCCAUGCUCAUUGCCUUGUCCCGUACAUGUGAUUACAAACAUCACUGGCAAGAUGUGCUGGUUGGCUCUGGAAUGGGUUUCACCUUUGCGUAUCUCUGCUACAGACAGCAUUACCCUUCACUGACGGACCCCAAAUGCCACCAGCCGCUGCAGCAUGUAUCCAGGCUAUCUUCUCCAGAGAGGCAAAAGCUGACACUUUCUGGUUUCAACCUAGAUGUAUGAAGAAGGACUCAGGGGUUUCCUUUCUGCAUAUUUGCUGACUCGAGGGGGGAAAGAGCGCUUACUCAUCCAUGUUCUGCUUUGCUCAAAGGCCACAAGGAGGUAGAGGGAGAAGCAUCAUUGUUCAAAGUAUACCAACCUGAUUGAAACUCAGGGCCUCUACCUCUUCCCCUUCAUCACAUAUGGCAUAUGUGGCCAAGAGAGUGAGUAUUUUCCAGGACAGCGAAAUUGCAGAGUUUGGGACGAUUUAUUUUUUGUGGCCAACUCACAUUGAACCAUUCCUCAUCCGAUCAUAAUGGAACAACAAAAGGAGUCUCUGGUCCAUUCCCUCAUUGUAAUGCCAGGCACCACUCUUGAGUUUAAAUGCCUAUAAAUUGAUGUCACAUGAUCUCA